AUCCCCACCUUUAAGGCGGCCAUGUUAGCUGAGUUCUCAGGGCGUCUGCGUGUCCUGUAUUAUUAAAGAUUCAGUAAGGCAAGAAUUCAUUUUUAGAGACUCAGAGAAGAUUUUUUAAGAAGACGCAGUGUUCAAGAACAUAGGAGUAUUACCUGAGUUGCAUCAAGGACCCAUUUAUUCAGAACUUUCUCAAACCAUGUGUUUGAAAUUUAUGACAAAGCGUGAAGAAAAAGAUGUUUGAUACGUUCUAGACAAAGGAAAGGAGAAUUUAUUCGUAACAGAACUGAACUGAUAUAGUUGGAUGGACUUAUUUUAUAGAAACAUUACUGUCGUGAUAUGACACACAAUUUUAUGCAGAUUUUUCAUGUACCCGUAUUCAAAAAAACAAUGACUUGGCAGUUUUCAAGGUCUUAAUGUUAGACUGAAGAAAGGAAAACACCUUACAAAUAACAGUGACUACUUGUCAGAUUGCAAUGGUUUACGUUCCUGAAUUGCAUGCAACUUAACACAAAUACAUCAUUUAAUAAUGGAAUAUAUGGGUUUCAAAUACAUAUUUGAAAAUAUUCCUGUGUUGUGAUUGAUACUGAUAGUGAUAGUGGUUUUCAAGGUCAUUUCAUUUUCAGACCGAAAUUGAUGAGUUAUUUGGCAAAAGCCUAUUAGAAAAGUUCAAAGGGCCUUUUCAGCUGAAGUUGUCAAGAUGUCUCAUGUGUAUUUCAAGUUUAAGAGCAGCCGCAACCAUGAAACAAUCACAUUUGAUGGGCUGCAUAUAUCCCUGGGGGAUCUCAAAAAGGCCAUCAUCCAACAGAAGAAGCUUCAGAAAAGCAUGGACAAUUUCCGGUUCCAGAUCAUCAAUGCACAGACCCAAGAAGAGUAUAUGAACGAUGAAGAACUCAUUCCAAAGAAUACAUCGGUCUUGGUUGCGCGCAUCCCUAUAAGUAAACAACCAAAACCAUGGGAACAGCAACAUCAAAAUCUACCGCGUCCAGAGUCCAACGGUCCUAAGGCAGUAUGUAACAACAUAUCAAAUUUUGAUCAAUUUUUUCAUCCUUGUAUCGUAAGUAGAACUAGUGAUAGCAUAAGGAGCUCCGUCCGCCCGGGUUUGUUUGCACAGAGAUGGGCGGUUUGGUGUGUAAGUGAUCUGCAACCAAUGACCCUUGAGAAGUUGAAGCAGACUGCUGAUUUACACACAGCCCAUGCAUCAGAAGAGGACAAGGUGAAGGCCAUGAUGUCACAGUCCACUAUGGAAUAUGAUUCUUCCAAGUAUGUGAAGCCAAAUUUACCAACAGGCCCCCCUCCAGCAUUUUAUAGGUGUAGAAGAUGUAAUCAAGCUGGUCAUUAUAUACAUGAGUGCCCAAAUAAAAAUGACCCAAAUCUCCCUCCAGUAGAGGUUCGCUUGAAAAGACCAACAGGGAUACCAAUUAGCUUUCUUACCAGAGUAGAGGAUGGUGACCAAACUGGAGCCUUGUUGACCCAUACUGGACAUUAUGUAGUGCCUACAAUUGACAAAGAAGCAUUUGCCAUUGGAAAACGUGAAAAACCUCCAUUUGCACCAGAUUCUCCAGAGAGGAAGCGAGAGUCCCGUCACAUUCCAUCUGAACUCCUCUGUGAGCUGUGUAAAGAUCUAUUGACUGAUGCAGUGGUGGCACCAUGCUGUGGAAACAGCUUCUGUGAUGAAUGUGUACGUAAUGCUCUCCUGGAAACAGAGGAACAUGAAUGUCCUCACUGCCACGAGACAGAUGUAUCCCCAGAUAAACUUAUAGCCAACAAAUUUCUGAGAACAGCUGUGCAAAACUUUUUGAAUGAAUCAGGUUAUACAAAGUUUAAGAAAAAUUCCCAAGUGACAGAGCCUCAGCAUUCAGCCUCUCCCCCAGUACAGGCCCAGCAGACACCCCCUGUGGCUAAACCUGUGCAGGAUGUUAAAAGCCCAGAUAUACACAGGUCUACUCCACCUCCAGUAUCUCAUGAAAGUCAGCCACCAAGUCAGGUUAAAGAGGAGAUCCAUUCUAGUCAGCCUGCACCCACUACUAAUUAUCCCACGGCAUAUCAACAAAAUCGUCCUCCACCACAGAAACAAAGGAGGCCUCAAAAUGCACCCCCUCAAGCAGGACCACAAUCAGGUUAUACAAGAGGCCCCAGACAAAAAUACCCUUCACAGCCCCCAACAGCCCAGACCACAGGCGACCCACAGUAUCCACCAGCAGGUGGACCCCCAGGAGCUCCUCAAAGUGGACCAGUUGUAAGGGCCAGUAGACCACCACCCCCUGGGCCUACAUAUCCUCCCCAGCAGAGACCGCCACCCGUCCACUCCAUGGAACACCCUCCUGCUCCUGUCCCACAGGGGGGCCCUCCCCCACCUUAUAUGCAUGGACCCCCAGUGCCUCAUGGGCCCCCAGUUGUAGGGCCUCCCAUCCCUCAUCACAUUCCUCCUGGACCACGGGGGCCACCACCUCCCAUGUACAGGCAGCCUCCUCCACCAGAGCAGAUUGUUAUGGGCCCUCGGCCUCCAAUGGAUGUUAGAAUUGGUGUGAUGCCUCCUAGUCUCCCUGGUGGACCCCCAGCCCCUGGACCCUUUCCAGGUCCUGCGCGCCCCCCAGGGAUACCUUUAACUGAGGAGCAGUUCUAUAAAACAAAGGCCAAAAUACUGCAACAGGAAUUGGAGGAAAAGUCAGUUUCACAAAUGCAAGACGAUUUCCUUAAAGAAUUGGAGGAGUAUGCCAAAGAGCAGAAAAAAAGACAAGAACAGAAAGAGUUAAAAAAGAGUCUAGGUUUGAGCCCAUCCAAGUCCCGGUCAAGGUCAAGAUCACGAACAAGAUCUAAAUCACCCAAAACUAGAAGAAAAAGUCUAUCCAGAUCUCGAACUAAAUCUAGAACCAGAUCACGUACCAGAUCACCUAGGCCACGAUCAAGAACUCCAUCACGCUACAGAUCUAGGUCUCUUUCUAGAUCACCAGCACCUAAAAAAGCAAGAUCGCCUAGAAAAAAGCGUUUCUCAAGAAGUCCUUUAUCUAGAUCUCCUUCACCAAGACGACCUCCUCCUGGAAAAUAUAGGUCACGUUCAAGAUCACCGUAUGGUAGAAGACCAUUGUCACCUAGAUCAUAUUAUGAUACUCAUGGGAGGUCAGGUUCUCCUAGUUACCGCCAUUUCUCUCCAUCCUACCCAUUUCCUCCAGGGUAUUAUGAUUCUCCAGACAGAUAUGGUAGUAGAUACUCACCAGAUAGGUACAGAGGAUACCCCCAAUAUCCACCAUCACCGUCAAGAUAUUAUGAAGAUUUUUAUCGCUACGACAGGCCAGUGGACGAGAGGUAUGACAGGCCACCACCUCCAUUUGACCCCAGGUAUCCAGAUCCUCGUUAUGAGGACUACAUGAGGGAGAUGUACAAUGCAGGAUAUGCCAGCUCAAGAUCUGACUCCAGAGGUCCUCCUCAUCCAGAGUGGGACAGAGAAAGGGAGAGAUCUCACAGAAGCAAUAAACCCCCAGAGUCCAAAAAGAGAACCAGGUCCAGAACUCGAAGCAAGGAAAGGGAGAGGGAGAGGGUGAAGGAUGGCCGAGAAAAAGAACUGAGAGCCAAAAAAGAAAAGGACUAUGCAAAAGGGACUGAAAAAGCUAGGCUGUCCAAAGAAAGGAAGGAAGAAAAGACUGAUGAAAAGUACAGAGAUAGUAAAGAAAGGGAAAAGAACAAGAUGAGAAAGAAAGAAAAGCAUUCUAAGACACCAGAAAAGAAAGAGAAGGAAAAACCAACUCCAUCAGAUGCUGAGGCAAAGAAGGUGAAGAAAGUAAAGAAAGUUUCCAAAGUUGCUGAAGCUGAAGUCAAAUCUGGCUCAGAGUCCCCAGUGAAGAAGGUCAAAAAAGAAACGGAGGAGGACGCCUCUGCACAAACUAAACCUAAAAAGCGAAAGCAGAAAACAGAACAGCCUGAUGAACCACCAGUCAAACAAAUUAAAUCCGAAGCAGAAGAAACCAAGCCUGAGAAGAAAAAGAAAAAAUCUAAAACCAAGACAACUGCAACAGUUGAAUCUCAAAAUGAUAAAGGUGCUACUAUCAACAAGACCUCUGUAGGUAAAGGUGACAAAAAGAUCAAGCCCGAAAAAUCUGUAUUUGAAAGACUAGGGGCUGUGUCAUCAACUGAGGAUGAAUUCAUUCAAGAAAAAGGGAACCACAGUGUUGACCCAACCGAAAAGAAAACAACUGCAAGAGAGGUGGAAAGUAAAGAUGUCUACCCCUGUUCAGAGUGAGGAGCCCAAGGAGCCAGAGCUGAUUGUUAAUGCUCCGGAAAUCUCCAAAUGGGAGAGGGAUGACUACGACUCUCCUUCAGGGGAUGGGCAGGAUACUAGGA